UCGUAUUGCGCAUGCGUCAACAUUAUCCGCAUUCAAUCACACGUUUGUUACAAUUCGUCAUUCGGUGUCGUUGUUCGAGAUGAAAGUCUUACUGUUGUUAGCUAUCGCAUUGGCGACCGCUCACGGUGCUGCACUGAAGUCUGGUGCGUCUGGUGGUCUCCUGUGCGAAGCGUGUGAGCUUGGGGUGACCGAGCUGGACAAAAUUCUGAAGGAGAAUUCCACAGUCGCUCGCAUCAACAGUACGUUGAUAUCCAUUUGUAAGGACAUUCCCGAUGUGGCAGCUGAAUGUGAAGCAAUCGUCAUCAAAUAUCUUCCAAUUGCCCUAAACCUUUUGGCCUCCAUGUCUCCACAGGAUGUCUGCUCAUAUGUCGAUCUCUGCACAUCAAGCGUCUCUCAAAAUCGAGCAUCACUCGUGAAGAAACUGUCCGCCAAGUCUGGCAUACUAUGUGAGGCGUGUGAGUUUGGAAUCCAGGAGUUACAAAAACUGAUGAAUGACAGCUCCAUUCAGGAGAAGAUAGAAAACGGGCUCAAGGAAAUUUGCAAAGUUCUUCCAGAGAAAUUGCAAACUCAGUGUAACAGCCUGAUAGAGCAGUAUGUACCACAGGUGUUUUCGAUACUGGAAGAUCUCAGUGCUAGUCAGAUUUGUGGAUUCGUCUGUCUGUGCAAUAGUACGUCCCCAGUUAUCCUGAAAGGAAGAGCAUUUGCUGGAUAUUGGAAACUGCUACCCGCAUUCAAUCACACGUUUGUUACAAUUCGUCACUCGGUGUCGUUGUUCGAGAUGAAAGUCUUACUGUUGUUAGCUAUCACAUUGGCGACCGCUCACGGUGCUGCACUGAAGUCUGGUGCAUCUGGUGGUCUCCUGUGCGAAGCGUGUGAGCUUGGGGUGACCGAGCUGGACAAAAUUCUGAAGGAGAAUUCCACAGUCGCUCGCAUCAACAAUACGUUGAUAUCCAUUUGUAAGGACAUUCCCGAUGUGGCAGCUCAGUGUGAAGCAAUCAUCAUCAAAUAUCUUCCAAUUGCCCUAAACCUUUUGGCCUCCAUGUCUCCACAGGAUGUCUGCUCGUAUGUCGAUCUCUGCACAUCAAGCGUCUCUCAGAAUCGAGCAUCACACGUGAAGAAACUGUCCGCCAAGUCUGGCAUACUAUGUGAGGCGUGUGAGUUUGGAAUCCAGGAAUUACAAAAACUGAUGAAUGACAGCUCCAUUCAGGAGAAGAUAGAAGACGGAGUUGAGGAAAUUUGUAACAUUCUUCCAGGUGAUUUGAAAACUCAGUGUAACAGCCUGGUAGAACAGUAUCUACCACAGGUGUUUUCGAUGCUGGAAGAUCUCGAUGCUAGUCAGAUAUGUGCAUUUGCCGGUCUGUGCAGUAGUACGUCCGCAGAUAUCCUGAAAGCAAGAGCGUUUGCUGGACAUUGGAGAGUGUAAAGUCCCGGAUUAGGAGUCGGAAGUCAGACUGUCCACAAGGCGAUAUGAUUGUUUGAGCUAGUUGUUGUCUGUGUUUGUGUUACAGUAUGGAAACUGUCUCGUUUAGUGUUUGCAACAUAUGUCUAUUCUGUCGGCUGCCUAAUAAAUCAUUGAAAAGUAUACAA